AAGUCAAACUCCUAUAACGCAAGCAAACUGUCUUUUUCUAUCAAAUAAAUACAGCAGUCAUCAUGGGAAUAACUCUAUGCUUGAGUCGUUUUAAGGGACAUACAGAGAUGAUGGACACCGUUUUGACACACGCGCAGCUAGAUAUACUUCCUGUUAUUCUCCCUUCCCUUACAAUGUGACCUUAAAACAUGUUUAGUUUAGUCCACCGGAGAUUUUUCCAUUCUUCAAGUCCUCUACUGAAGAAAAAACGCAUUGCGGAGCAGAGGUGGCUCGCCCGGCAGUCGAACGACCCUUACGUUAAAGCUUCGCACGCCCUCAACUUUCGCUGCCGGAGCGCCUUCAAGUUGCUGGAAGUCGACGACAAGUUCCGCCUCCUGCAACCGGGAUGCGGCGUGGUGGACUGCGGUGCGGCGCCGGGAGCCUGGAGUCAGGUGGCCGUGCACCGGGUCAACUCAGCGGGGACCGAUUCAACAUUACCCCGGGGUACUGUCGUCGGUAUCGACCUCCUAAACAUACCGUCUCUGGACGGCGCCCACUUCCUGUCCUGCCACGAUGUCACCGACCCCGCCACACACGCCAAGGUGACAGACCUCCUUCCCGGCGGCCGGGCUCACGUCCUCCUGAGUGACAUGGCGCCCAACGCCAGCGGCUUCCGGGAGCUGGACCACGAGAAGCUGAUCGGGUUGUGCUUGUCUCUGUCGGACUUGGCCGAGAAGAUUUUGCGGCCUGGAGGCUCUCUGUUGUGCAAAUAUUGGGACGGCGCCCUGGCCUCUCAUCUCCAGCACAAACUCUGUCUAGUGUUUGGGAGCGUUCAGAGUUUAAAGCCACACGCGAGCCGGAAAGACUCUGCUGAGAGGUAUUUCCUUGCCAGAAAUUACAAGAUACAUGUCAAGGGAUAGACUUUAUUACCUCCACGAAAGACAAUAUCAUUUCAAUAUGGUUUUGGUAUUUAUUUGCUUCUGUGCAACUUAAUCGCUACAACCUGAAUUUUUGUAUACAUGUUUUCUCUGACGGAAAAACAAUGCACACUUGGAUGCUUUGUUUUUAUAGUCACAAAUCACCUGCUAUUUAGAUCUGGACCAGAUUUUGACAAUAAUUGAAGUCUUUCAACAAAAAUUAAAUUCAACUUGUUUGGAUGUUUCUAGUCUAUCUGUUACAAUUCAUCAGAUGAACUUGUCAUUUAUUGUGUAUUUGUAAGGGCUUUUGGUGUCCAUAGGUUGUUUUCACUGACGUCGCAUGUUUUGCCGAAUUACCCAUACACCACUUUGCGCCGCCAUUUAACCUCUCUAACUAAUGCGUACCAAGUGUGGAAGUCUCUUGAAUACUCUCGUUACUAUUUGUGUUUCACGGUUCUCUCUGGACUCCAGUACACAAGAGAGGACUUGCUAACAACCAGAGAGCCUUCUUCUGAUUUUUUUUCCUCUGACUUUUUUUCGACUACUCUCGCCAAUUCGCUGAAGCUUUUUCCAGUUACUUGUCGGCGCACUCUUCAAAGCCUCGCAAUCCGGUACACAAGUCCGGCUGCCUAAGUGGGGACAUCGUCUAACGCUUCUGACGAAAGACUUUGGAUGUUCUGCGGCUCUUUGCUUCAGGGUAGACUUGGCUUUGAGGACGAUUGCCCAACGCUGCUAUCACGCUCAACCGCCAUUGUGCUGAUAUGUCGCCGAGCUAACAAGCUUAAUCAAUCUUUUCAGAAGGCCAACAUUACAGUUAAGAUCCUUUUUUUGUUAGUCACUUAAAAGAUUAGGGAAUUUUGUGAAAUACUGGAUUUGUUUAUUCUUUUGUCUUUCUGCCAUUGUCAUCAAGUUUGAAACAAUAAAUAUUUUGCUUUGCUUGUGGUGAAGUAAUGUACAGGUUAUACUUUUUGAAAAAAUUGAAUAAAUGGGAGUUUUCUUAUAUAUUAAAAAAUAUAAUAUUCCGCCGCUUUUUGUUUUCCGUGUUAGCAUACAGGUAAGUGCUCCUCCUUUGUGAUGCAGUCCUGAGUCCCAUUAUGUGUGUCUGCCAGGUAGCCUAAUAGUCAGUCUGGGCUUGAUGUGCGGUCGCUCGCGUCUUCAAUAAAUCCAGUUCGAAACUUAAUGUAGUCCACCUUGCCUAUGUAGGAGUAACGGAGCUCAGGGAUCGGAAAUGGCUGCCGUUCUAGGCAGCGCAACGGGUGACGUCACGUGAAAACAACCCAUAAUCAUAUUUGGUAUACAGAAGACAAACAGGUUGCAUCUUUGUUAGUAGAACUGUGCAAUUCCUCCUGGUCAGUCAGCAACUAAUGAUAAAUGAAUCUCUUCUA